UAGCUGUCAACCUUCAACAAAAGUCCAAGUGGAUUCCGUCUCAUCCAAGAGGAAGCCGAAGAAGCGCUGUACAUGCUUCGGCAUGGUGAACAGUGAUAAAUAUGUGCUUUCUGCUAAGAAGGUUGGAGCUGAGUUUGUGGGAACAUUCAUUUUGAUAUUUUCAGCACCUGCUGGACCAAUUGUGAACCAAAAGUAUAAUGGUGUGGAAACACUUAUUGGCAAUGCAGCUUGUUCAGCACUAGCAGUUAUGAUAGUGAUACUAUCAAUAGGUCACAUCUCUGGAGCACACCUUAAUCCUUCAGUGACUAUGGCUUUUGCCACAUUUUGCAAGUUUCCUUGGGUUCAGGUUCCAGCAUAUGUUAUAGCACAAGUAUUAGCAUCAAUUUGUGCCUCCUUUGUCCUCAAGGGAACAUUUCACCCCUUCAUGUCUGGUGGGGUUACUAUACCUUCUGUAAAUACUACACAGGCUUUUGCUCUUGAGUUUAUCAUCACCUUCAUUCUUAUGUUUGUCAUCUUUGCUGUUGCUACUGAUCCUCGAGCAGUGGGACAAUUAGCAGGAAUAGCUAUCGGGGGAGCAGUUAUGUUGAACAUUCUUGUAGCCGGACCAUUGACUGGCGCUUCAAUGAAUCCCAUCCGAACUUUAGGUCCAGCAAUUGCAGCUCAUCAAUAUGAUUCAAUUUGGAUAUAUCUUUUGGCACCCACAUUGGGGGCUCUAGCUGGAGCAGGUGUUUACAAUAUAGUGAAGAUUACAAAGGAAGAAGAGUAA